AUGGGGAGGUGGUUAGCGGGCGGCAGAAGAGCGCGUCUGCGCACGCGCGAGGUAGCUGCCCUGUCACUGUGUGCCUGUGGCCGCCAUGACACUUUACUCUGCAGCCCGCGUCUGAGAUAUAUUCUUUCCUCAGUCCGCAUCCUAUCCGUCCUGGCCCCUCGCCAUCCAGGUGACAUGGAGGAAGAAAGAAUAAGUGUUGGGUUACAGAAAAGUAUGAUGCAGGACUUGGUGACCUUUGAGGAUGUGGCUGUGGACUUUACCCAGCAGGAGUGGGCUUUGCUGGAUCUUGCUCAGAGGAGCCUCUACAGAGAUGUGAUGCUGGAAACCUUCCAGAACCUGGUCUCACUAGGGUACCCACUACUCACUCCCAAUCUGAUCUCCAAGUGGGAACAAGAGGAGGAACUGCAGACAGUGAAGACAGAACAUAUCCAGGGCAUCUGUAUGGAGCAGCACCAGGAAGGGUUUGAGUCUCUACUUAAUACUAAGGAAUUAGUUGCUUUUCAAGACAACAAUGGAGAAAAAAUAUCCAAUGAACAGAAAAUAGAGAGGUUCAAAAGAAAUGGUUCCUGCUUCUCUAUUUUACAUGAAAACCAGGACUCCCAUGGUGUGGAUGAUUGGAACAAAACCCAUGAGAAAGGUUUAAGUCAUGUGUUAGAGAACAUCUGUGAAUACAAUGAAGAAAAUCAAUGUGGACAAAUUUCAAAUCUUAUGCUCCAGAGAACUACUGAAGUUAAAUCCUUUGAAUGCUGUGAGUGUGGAAAGUCCUUCCUGUUUCAUUCAUCACUUAAGAAUCACACCAGAUCUCAUGCUGGAAACAAACCCUAUCAGUGUAAGGAAUGUGGGAAAGCCUUCCAUUUUCUUGCUUGUUUUAAGAAGCAUAUGAAAACUCCUACUGAAGAAAAACCAUAUGAAUGUAAGGAAUGUAUAAAGGCCUUCAGUUGUUCCUCCAUGUUCAGAGCACAUAUGAAAAUUCAUAGUGAAAAGGCAAACUAUGAAUGUAAGGAAUGUGGGAAAACCUUCAGUAGCUCUUCAUACCUCACAGAACACAAAAGAAUUCACAGUGGAGAUAAGCCCUAUGAAUGUAAGGAAUGUGGGAAGGCCUUUAGUUGUUCCUCAUCACUCUCCAAACAUAAAAGAAUUCAUAGUGGAGAUAAGCCAUAUGAAUGUAAGGAAUGUGGGAAGGCUUUUAGCUCUUCCUCUCAUCUUAUAAUACAUAUAAGAAUUCACACAGGAGAGAAGCCUUAUGAAUGUAAAGAGUGUGGGAAGGCCUUCAGUGAAUCCUCAAAACUCACUGUACAUGUGAGGACACACACCGGAGAGAAACCCUAUAAAUGUGAGGAAUGUGGGAAAGCCUACAAUUGCCCCUCCUCCUUAAGUAUCCACAUGAGAAAACACACUGGAGAGAAACCUUAUGAAUGUCUGGAAUGUGGAAAAGCCUUCUAUCUUCCCACUUCCCUGAACACACAUGUGAAAAAUCAAAGUAGAGAGAAACCCUAUGAAUGUAAGGAAUGUGGGAAGGCCUUCAGUUGUCCCUCAUCCUUUAAAGCACAUGUGAGAGAUCACAAUGGUAAGGUGCAAUAUGAAUGCAAGGAGUGUGGGAAGGCCUUUAGUCGUUCCUCAUCCCUCACUGAACACCUAAGAACUCACAGUGGAGAAAAGCCUUAUGAGUGUAAGGAAUGUGGGAAAGCCUUCAUUAGUUCUUCCCAUCUUACAGUACAUAGAAGAACUCACACUGGAGAGAAACCUUAUGAAUGUAAAAAAUGUGGGAAAGCCUUUAUUUAUUUCUCAGCCCUUAGUAUCCACAUGAGAACCCACACUGGGGAAAAACCCUAUGAAUGUAAGGAAUGUGGAAAGGCAUUUCGACAUUCUUCAUACCUUACUGUACAUGCAAGAAUGCACACUGGAGAAAAACCCUUUGAAUGUCUGAAGUGUGGAAAAGCUUUCAGUUGUCCCUCAUCCUUUCGGAGACAUGUGAGAAGCCAUACUGGAGAGAAACCAUAUGAAUGUAAGGAAUGUGGGAAAGCCUUUAUUUGUCCAGCCUACUUUCGAAGACACGUGAAAAUUCACACAAGGGACAACAUAUAAAUGUAAGGAGUAAGGGAAUCUCUGCAAGGCUUUUUCUGAACUAAUGCAAUUUGUGAAGUCUUAUUUUGUGAAGUUUCAUACUGUAGAGACACUAUAAAUGUGAGAAAGUAGAUUAUCACUCAUUCUUUUCAAGAGUUGAGGACAACUGAGGGAAACCCUAUGUUUGUAAGCUAUAUGGUAAACCCUUUUGAUUUUGAACAUAACUUGUAUAAGAAAAUUCACAAUUUGAGCUAGAAAAGAAGAUCAGUGCCUCAUUAAAGUGGACUUCUAGAGGGUCAUUGAUUUCCAAUGUUUUCUAAUAGGAAGAUUUAAGGUUAUAUGUUUCCCUUUUCAGCUUUUAUGACAUACUUUUGAGUAUGAGGUGAGUUUCUUUAGCUGAGAUGUAAAUGUUAUUUCCAUUACAAAGUCUUUUGGACUCUUGGGAGAUUGUGUGUGUACGUGUGUGUAUGCUUCUCCUCUGAGACAGGGUCUGGGUAUGCUGUCCAGGCCUAUAACUCCUGGACUUUUGCCUUAGCCUCCUAAGUUUGGGAGUGCAGGUAUAUAUCAUUGAGUCUGGCUCAAGUGCAUUUUUUUUUUUUUGCAGGCAGGAAAAUGGUGGGUUUUUUUUUGUUACAGUUUGAACUCACAGCAUGGGCAUCAUUUUCUUCAUCUUCUUCUUCGUCGUCUUCGUUUUCGUCUUUGCCUUUGUCUGGAUACUGAAAGUUGCCUACCCAAUAAUUCCCCCCUUCCCUUUAAACUAAGAGUUCCAACUGUUUUUGAGAAUAUCAGUGUUUACUAUCAAAAGCUUUUCAUGUGUAAUAAAAAGUUUUAGUAGAAAUUAA